UGUAGCGCACGUGAGUGUCAGCUGACACCAGCAGGAAGCUUUGAGGAAGAAGACGCGCAUCACAACAACAAAACAAAAUUUCCUUAAAGUUCUAACUGAAGGCUGUUCGUCAUGGAAUCGACGCUGGAGCAGCAUCUUGACGAUACUAUGAAGAAUCCUGCAGUUGUUGGAGUGCUGUGUACAGAUCAACAAGGACACAACCUGGGCUGCCGUGGCUCCUUGUCUGACGAACAUGGAGGUGUUGUGUCUGUUUUGGCCAAACAAGCUGCAGCUCUCACCAAAGACCCAACAGACAUCCCAACUGUGUGUCUGGAGUCUGACUCAGGGAACAUUUUGGUGAGGAGUCAUGGGACCAUCACAGUAGCUGUUCAUAAGAUAGCAUCAUGAAAUCAGCUCCACUUCUAUAGCCCCCACCCCCUCCUGUGUAUUUAAGCACAUAGCACACAGAAUGAACUAUGAAAAGAAUGUUAAAUUUCUGCUCUUUUACUCAGAGUAAUAAUGAGUCUCUGUUGGUCUUCUCUGUUUUCUGUAAUGAUGAGUUCCUGAAAAUACUGAUACCGUAUUUUGUUUAAAAACCUGUAAUCCAUGUCAGCUGGUGCUGAGCACCGAAACCAUUGUGUUUAACAACCAGGUAUUGAUUAUUCAUCAGUCCAAAGUGUCACACAUGUCACAACAACAUUCAUUAAACUUUAACUUGUUGCUUCA